UUGGCUUUAUUUAUUUAUUUUUUUGGGAAACAGAAUUUGGGCUUUGUUUUUGUUGAACUAUUUCUGAAUUGAGCUCAACAUCCAUCGACGAAAAUUGAGCCCAGCUAUCUUUCUCUUUGGACUAACUAAGGCGCUCUAAUCAUUCUUUCUCUCUUUCCAAUUCCAUCACCGAGAAAGACCAGGGAAAAUAAGUUUAAAAAAUGGCGUACUCGGGUGUUCUCAAAACCCUAAUCAGAUCAUCAAAUUUGGGAUCUACGACUCGUAAUAUCAGUCUUGUCGGCAGCCAAAUCAGCAAUCACACUGCCAAAUGGAUGCAGGAUACAAGCAAAAAAUCUCCAAUGGAGUUAAUAAAUGAAGUUCCUCCUAUCAAGGUUGAAGGCAGGAUUGCAGCUUGUGAAGGAGACAAUAAUCCUGCUCUCGGACACCCAAUUGAAUUCAUAUGCCUUGACUUGAAAGAGCCAGCAGUAUGCAAGUAUUGUGGCCUGCGCUACGUUCAGGAGCACCAUCACUAGAAGUGUUGUGAUGUUUUUAUCAGGCUAUUCGGGUAAUUGUUAGUAUGCAGUACCCAAUGCACUCUUCUCUGUUUCAGCCCUUCAUAACAAAUUCGAAAUACCGAAUUUGACGUUUCUUAUUUUAACCCUAAUGUCAAGUUUCCUAUUUGCAUAAUUGGGUUGGUAUCUCAUAUUUCUCAACUUGAGUUAUUGUUUUCUUAUUUCAAUAAAAUUCAAAUUUAUAUUA